CAGUUAAAUUUUUAUUAAAAAAAUAAAUACUUAAAAAAUUAAUACUUUUAAACAUCUAAUCAAUUAAAAAAAUAAAAUAGCUUUGAAAUAAUUUUAAGUAAAAUAAAAGAAAUGUGGAAUGUGAUAUCAGGCAAUGAAUACUUAAAGCAGAAAAAUACUACUCAUAAUCAAAAAAGGCAUUUAAUUAAUAUAAUCGGAGCAAGACCAGCAAUAACUAAUGACUUACCAUGGUAUCCUUCUCAUUCCCUUUCUAAAAAUACAAAUAAGUUCUCUAUAUAAAGAAACAUUAAGGUAUUCAAUGAUAAUUAAGUUCUACUUAAAAAAAUGAUGGAAAUAGACUAAAAAGAUGCAUAACUAAGUUAAAAAAAGCUUAGUAAAAGUUUUUAAAUGCACAAAAUUAAAAGUUCUGCAGAAUAUGUUAGAAAAUCCAAUGAGAAAUUUAUUGGAAUAGAGAACUAAAAAAUGUUGUAAAGAAUAGUAUCAUAAAAAUCAGUAUACUAAAAUAAAGACUUUAAGAAAUAAAACCUUUAAGCUAAUUUAUAUAAGUAAAAUAUAAGUAGAUAGAAUAAAAAAUAUAACCUUGAUUAUACUAUUCUUGCAAAAAAAGAGUUACUCUCUGAUUCUGCAUUCAUAAGAAGAUCCUCACUUUCUACAUAAGCUUAUUCAAGCUUUUCAAAAUCACCUAUUCUUAUGGCUUUGAAUUCAAAGAAGAAUGAAAAUGCUAAAGAUUUUAUAGAUUUCCCAAUACUCUGA